UUACAGUUACAAAAAUUUACCUGUUAUCUCACCGACAAUGUCAUCUCUCUCUUGAGAGAAAAGAGAAACAGGUGUCCACCAUUAAAAGAAUAAUAAGAAAUUAGUACUAACUUAGAUGGAUUCUUGAACAAAGUGCUGUAUUGUGGGUCUUGUUUUCUUCAAUUCCACAUAUUCAACAGUUUCUUCUUCUAUUUCACUGACCUGGGGAGCUUCUCCCAUGUGAAAAUAGAAACCCCUUUUGUUAAAAAAGAAAUCUUUUUUUUUUAAAUCUUGAAAUUGCUACUGUUUUGGGGGUUCUUUGGUUUUUUGGGGUUGUUGAGUUGGGAAUUGAAAUGGGUAUUGUUUGAAUUAGCUGUUAAUUGGUUUAAGCAAUGAAGAGCACAAUGAAAAGUAGAGGAGGAGGUGAAUCAGCUGGAAAAGGUGUUUUUUCUAGGAAAUUGACUGUUCUUCUAUGUAUUGGAUGCUUCUGUGUUGGGAUGCUCUUCACUGACAGGAUGUGGACAGUGCCAGAAGCUAAAGGCAUAACAAGGACAACACAGAUUGAUGAUCAAAAGCUAGGGGUAGUUUCUGAGGACUGUGAUCCUACCAAUAAGGAUGUGAAAAGCGAAUCCAAGGACAUUUUCGGUGAAGUUACGAAAACACACCAUGCUAUACAAACCUUGGAUAAAACAAUUUCAAACCUAGAGAUGGAACUAGCUGCAGCAAGGGCGUUGCAAGAUUCUAUACUGAGUGGUUCUCCAAUAACAGAAGACAUAAAGAUCCCCGAAUUGGCCAAGAAGAGAAAAUAUCGAAUGGUCAUAGGGAUAAACACUGCCUUCAACAGCCGAAAGAGAAGAGACUCAGUUCGUGCUACUUGGAUGCCACAAGGUGAUAAGCGAAAGAAGCUAGAGGAAGAAAAGGGCAUUGUAAUUCGUUUUGUAAUAGGUCACAGUGCAACAUCAGGUGGCAUUCUCGACAGAGCAAUUGAAGCAGAAGACAAGAAGCAUGGAGAUUUCUUGAGGCUGGAACAUGUUGAGGGAUAUCUCGAAUUAUCUGCCAAGACAAAGACAUAUUUUACUACUGCUGUUGCUCUGUGGGAUGCUGAUUUCUAUAUUAAAGUUGAUGAUGAUGUACAUGUAAAUAUAGGUGCACUGGGAGCAACUCUAGCUAGGCAUCAUUCGAAACCUCGGGUAUAUAUUGGUUGCAUGAAAUCUGGUCCCGUCCUUGCUCAGAAGGGAGUGAGAUAUCAUGAGCCUGAGCAUUGGAAAUUUGGUGAGGACGGAAACAGAUAUUUUCGACAUGCAACAGGGCAGUUAUAUGCCAUUUCAAAAGAUUUAGCUACUUAUAUAUCUUUAAAUCAGCAUGUUCUACACAAGUAUGUUAAUGAGGAUGUCUCGUUGGGGUCAUGGCUCAUUGGAUUGGAUGUGGAACAUAUAGAUGAUAGAAGAUUGUGUUGUGGAACUCCGCCAGAUUGUGAGUGGAAAGCUCAAGCAGGCAACAUUUGUGUUGCUUCCUUUGAUUGGAGCUGCAGCGGGAUAUGCAGGUCCGUAGAUAGGAUUAAGGAGGUUCAUCGACGUUGUGGGGAAGGCGAGAAUGCUUUGUGGAAUGCAUCCUUUUGACAAAAUGCGUCAUUUCUCCAAUCUCUGGAGCUCCAAAAAUGAUUACACGAACACUCAAAAAAACAAGAUGUAUCCGAGAAUUCUCGGAAACAUCAGAUAUGAUAAAAUAUAAACUGUAUCAAUGGGAGAGGGAAGAGAGGUUGCCACUGUAUCUGCUCCAAAUAUUAUUAGCUAAGGAGAGGGAUAAUAUUGUAGCAACCAAUAUGUGAAUCAAAAUGUGUAAAGAGUCAUUCUUUUUAGAUGCUUAGAAUAUAAUAAUUUGUUAGUCUUGUGAGAGGAAACUAACAAGUGUACACUUCACCGAUUUGUUUGUUGCUUUUAUAUGAAGUAGUGAAAUGAAAUUUCCCUUUUGUUACUU